ACACACACACACACACACACACACACACACACACACACACAAUCAAGGGGAGGUGCAGCCGCCUCGUCACUCAGAUCUCGCUAAACCUGUAGUUUAGACACACAGAAAACAAGACGCAUGAACUCAUGAACUUAUACAAUGUUCUUCAGUCUGCUGCUUCUGUUUGGUCUCAUCUAUCACAGUCACAGCGGUCAGUAUCUUUCUGGAAACCUAAAUCUACCAGUGACAGGAAAAAGAGAAGGCAAUCUCACUCUACUGUGUGAAUUUGAGGCCAAAAAGAUUUUACAAGUUGAUUUAUUUAUUGAGUCAGGAACCAUCAAUAUCUGUCAGACUGAAGGAUGUAGUGAACGAGUAUCUAAAACAGCAGCAUGUGACGUCAUCAUCAAGAAUCUGAGCUUCAGUGACGCUGGGAAACACACUUUAAGAGUCUAUUACAGUAAUGAUCAGACAAACCUGGCACAGAUAAAGGACAAGAUAUACCAAAUACAUAUUCAUGAUGAGAUUACUGUGAAAACAGGCAAACCAAUAAAACUGCAUGUUCUGAUGUCCAACGCUCAUAAAGUGGAGAAGAACUCCAGUGAAGGCUGGAAGAAGGUCUGGGAGAAAGGUCACGGGCUCUGGAGCGAUAGAAUGAACGUCAGCGAGGAAGACCUGAUCAUUAAAGCAUUUACAGAUAAUGAUGCUGGAACAUACAGAGUUCUGGACGCUGAAGAUGAAACCUUGAUCACAGUGAACAUCACAGAAUCAGAUACAAAAUUAAAAGGGAAACUGGACAAAGAUGAAGACAAAACUGAUGACACUAAAGAACAUGGGAUAUGGAUAUGGCCAGUAGUAGUGUGUUCUUUGAUUCUGGUUCUGAUUGGGAUUGGUUUCUUCAUAUGGCGAUGUUUGCACAGAAGUAAAACUCAAAAAGGAAUAAACAAUAAACCCUGGGAUCUGGAAGAUAGAGGAUUUGCUCAUCUGCCCCUUCACCCAUCCUAUGGCCCAGGACCCUUAAUGAGUGCCAAAAACUCAAGUUUUAAUACUUCUAUAACGUAUCUCUCUAAAACUCACUUUUAAAAGCUGCAAUCUCUGCCAACUCAGUGUACUGAAAUUUAAGUUAUAUGAUGUACGCAACUGCAGUUUUUACGUGUAGAAACAUGUUUUAUUGCACAUUAAUCACAUUAUAUAUAUCAUAUAGAGAAGUCUUAUGUCUGUAAAAGUGUUUUUAGAAAACGUAAAAAUGCCAUCUGUUUUAUGUGUGUGUGCAUUUUCUAGCAGAAAACCCGAUCAUUAGCAACAUUAAACCUUCGAACAAAACUGUACACCUGAUCUGUUCAGUUCAAGAAAAAAAAAGUUUCACACCAGUGUUGCAAAAUAUACAGUAAUAAUUCCCUGA